AUGUCAUUCUCACCCCACCCCCCCCCUCCUGUGUUUCAUGCUGGCAGUGGUGACGCUCAGCAAUGCAAUAACAGAACUUCAGGAGUCUCCAUCAAAGGUGAAAGCAGCAGCUCCAGUGAAUCUGACUCUAGCUCUGGAUCCGACUCGGAGAGUGAGAGCACUUCUAGCGAAAGUGAACAAAAUAAGCCAUCUGGCUGCACAAGCCCUGAGCCUGAGCAGCCAACAGCAAACAAAUGGCAGCUAGAUAAAUGGCUGAACAAAGUUAACCCUAACAGAAGCUGUAUUCUCAGCCAUGCAUAUGGCCUCUGUCAUACUGGCAUAAAAGAGGUUGGAAAAAGCUGUGAGAAAGUGUCAGAUGACAGCCCUCCAAGCCCCGCAGACAAGGAAAUCCAGAGCCUCAGCAGAGAAGAGCAAAAACUGCCAACAGCUUGUGUAGCUUCUGGAAAUAAAGGAGUAAAGCAGAAAUCGUCUGCUCCCAUUGCACUUGUUGCUACUGUUCUUGCUGCAGUUCCCUCAGAGAGCAAGUCUCGGAAAAGGCCUAUUUGCAGACAACUAACAAGAAGGACAGAGAGGACCUCUAGUGGAGAUAAUGUGUACUGCCACAGCUCAGAUAAUGCUUUUUUGAACCAAGGAAUUUUAGGAAAUAAUAUUUCUGAACAACCUAAAACUAAUUUGCAUAGAAAAGAACCAAGGACGGGCUUAGUUGGGUGUGAAAUCAGGAGGACGAGGGCUCUGAAUAAAUUCUUUCUUAAAACUAAGGAAUUUGAGUCUUCUUCACAUUAUUCAGAUCAUGGUACAGAAACUGAGCUAGAGGUGUCUCCGCUGUCCAAAAAUGUAUCAGAUACCCCUGUGAUUGCAAGUGAAAAUAACCAUAGACUAAAAGAAAGUGAGAAUAAUAAUACUGCUCGGUCCAAUCAAAGCAGUGAUACAGGUUUUGUUAAUGCAAGAACUACAGAGCUGGAAGAACAGUAUUAUACUCUGGUUCCUUUUGGCAGGAAUGAGAAUAUUCAUUCUUUGAAGGGCAGUGGUGCAACUAAGUCACUUUGGGUUAGGAUUGAUUUAUCUCUUUUAUCAAGGAUUCCAGUGGGCCCUUGUCAGGAAACUUGUACAAUGAACACCAACAUGAAGGAACCUUGUAGUUCACCUCGAAAUAGGCACUCAUCAGAAAUAACAGAUACAGCUUUGCUGAAAUCUAGAAGGAAACGGAAGUCUGAAAAUGGCAGAUCUCAACAUAUGAAGAAGAAAUAUCUGGAAAAGGAAGAGUACUCACAAAUGGCUUCAUCAUUGGAUCAGUUUGACAUGGCAAACGCACACAGCACACAUAUUAACAGUCUUGCAAUAGCUAUGACAAAAAGUGAAAAACUUUUGCUAUCACCCACCUCUCCCCUUCCUGAUGUUUCAAAACACAAAUGCACAAAUGAUGGUCUCUCUGGCAGCAAAAUAAGCUGCGGCUAUGUAUUAUCUGCUAGCAGAAAUCGAAGGACAGAAAACCAGUCACACCAUAGAUCAGUCCCUAUUCCCUCAGAAAAUUCCACUGGAUCUAAUGCAGGAGACCUACCAUCAAAUGAAUGGUCUCACAUAUCCAAUGGGCACAAGGAAUCUAGGAAAAGUAAAUCGUUGAUUGGUAGGACGCCUCGCGAUGCAGACUACUUUAUGCAGGAAGCUAAGCGGAUGAAGCAUAAAGCAGAUGCAAUGAUGGAUAAAUCUGAGAAGAUGAUGAACUACACUGAAGCAGCCCUAUCAUUUAUUGAGUGUGGGAAUGCAAUGGAACAUGGACCCAUGGAAUCCAAGUCCCCAUACACAAUGUAUUCUGAGACAGUAGAGCUGAUAAGGUAUGCCCUUAGGUUAAAAUCACAUUCAGGUCCCAGUUCAAGUAGCCAGGACAAGAAAAUCACAGCUUUAUGUUAUCGUUGUUUAGCUCUUCUGUACUGGAGGAUGUUCAGACUCAAAAAGGAUCAUGCUGUGAAGUAUUCUAAAGCCCUUAUUGAUUAUUUUAAGAAUACAUCUAAAGUCCAUCAAGUUCCCUCUUCUAGAUGUGCCAAUGGAAAAACCACAGGAACUCCAUCACCCUUGUCCCCCAGCCCUUCCCCAGUGAGUUCUGUUGGAUCCCAAGGAAGCAUUUCCAGCGCUGGUGGCCCUUCAAACACAUCUAUCAUUAGCAUUCCGCAGCGUAUCCACCAGAUGGCAGCCAACCAUGUCAGUAUUACCAACAGCAUCCUUCACAGCUAUGACUACUGGGAGAUUGCGGAUAAUCUUGCAAAAGACAACAUAGAUUUCUUUAACAAACUUGAUGCAUUAAUGGGACCUGUCACCUUACACAGUUCAAUGGAGCACUUGGUCCAGUACACAAGACAAGGACUGCGCUGGGUACGGCACAGCACUCAGAUGCUUUAGCAACUUGUGAUCCAACAGAACUGUCACAUCAUGAUGAUUCCAAGCACUGUGCUAUGCAAGAGCUCUGUCACAGCACUUUUAUAAAUGGUGAUGAAUUACUCUUUAGCAUUAAAUAUUACAGAGCAAUUUGUUUUUAAUUUAUUGUGCUCACAAAUUAUUUAUAUAUUAAUAUCUUUGUAUUGGUAAUUCAUACCCUGCCCAUAUAAAUCAGCACUUUUGUUGUUUGAUCAAAGCAAGCCACCAAUCAUUACACUAAGUGGAUUGGAAAAUAACACUGUGCAGCGGACUAGUGUAUACACCAAUACUUAUACAGCAGCAGCCAAGAACCUUUGGGUGAAAGUUACACUGUACAAAAGAAGGGUUCUCUUAAUUCACCUGUAGGAAUUGCUAUAGCAAUAUAUUCUAGAGAUAUCAUUUAGAAGUAAAUAUGCAUUAGUUCUUCAAAAUUAUUUGUUAGCAACAUACAGAUCUAUGUAUUUAUACAGUGGUGUUCCAUCUUUUUUUCGCUGUUCAUGAUUAUAAAAUCCCUGUGUCACUUUUGA